AUGGAGGAGUCCUCAGAAGACAAUCAGCAGUUUAAAAUGGACCGAGACAGCCGGGAGCUUCAAAUGCGCCAAGAUACUGCCGUCAUUGAAACCACUGCCUUUUCCGUCGAAGAAGUUAGACGAGUCCUCAUUCAAAUAAAACCCGAUAAGUCUCCUGGAUCCGACGGAAUUCCUGGGCUGAUACUUAGGGAGCUAUCAGCGGAGCUGUCAAAGCCUCUUUCGACUCUCUUUGCGCUGUCAAUGGGAACAGGAAGGCUGCCAUCACGGUUGAAGACAGUUAACCUCGGUCGCUUACAUAAAGGAGGUGGCAGGAUGGCCGCAAGCAGCUUCAGGCCUAUUAGCUUAACUUGCCUCCCAUGCAGAAUGAUGGAAGCUCUGGUAAAGAGCGUUAUACAGCAAUUUUGUGAAGAAAAUAGCAUCUUGCAGGAUUUUCAACAUGGCUUCCGGAGAGGACGUUCCUGUCUAUCAAAUCUGCUAGCUUGUCUGGAGAUCUGGACCAGGGCUCUUGAAGAGGGUUUUGAGGUCGAUGUCGUGUACAUCGAUUUCCGCAAAGCUUUCGAUACUGUUCCGCACCAACGCCUUCUUCACAAAUUGAGCGACAUCGGCGUCCGGGGAGAUCUUCUGAACUGGAUAAGGGCGUUUCUCGUUGGUUGGAAACAACGUGUCUGUAUCGGCGAUGAUAUGUCAGAAUGGGUGAACGUGACCAGUGGUGUGCCUCGAGGCUCAGUUCUGGGACCACUGCUCUUGAUCCUUUAUGUUAAUGACAGCCUUCAGGAACUCGACUGCGGCAAAAUAAUGUUUCCAAGACAACGUUAA